AAUAAAGUAUGCCUGUUUAGUCUACUGAGCUUGUGUCAUUGUCGUCCACAGGCGUGGUUCAAAUGCGGAAGGUUUCACUCUAAUGUCAGUUCCCUAAAACAGUCUCAUAUGGGAAUCCGCUAGCAGGUGUCUCUCGGGGACAGUUUUAUCUCAUGGGGGAAUGUUUGAGGAAAACUUGCCCAUGUCUUAAGACAUUAUGGGACAGAAUAUACGGACCCUCACCGACCGACGGAGAAAACAGCGUGAAAACUGACAGCGACUGUACCGGCGAUGGGCUCGGUAAUAUGGAAUCUGACCGUUACGGACAACCGGCGAGCGCGCCGCUGCCACCUCGGAAGACAGCCGCUUCACUUUAUACGGCUCUGUGGGACUUUGAGGCUCGCGACGGCCAGGAGUUGUCGUUCAAAGCUGGUGAUAUGUUAGAGAUUGUCAGCAGUUCCGGUGACUGGUGGAGUGCGAAGAAAAUCGACUCACAAGGGCGCGCGGCCACCGGUUUUGUACCGUUCAAUUAUCUGGCGCGUGCGGAGUCCGUGGAAUCUCAACCGUGGUUUUUUGGAAAGUUGAGUCGUGUUGAGGCAUUGAGUCACCUCAUGUCAGCAGAAAAUGAUAAUGGAUCCUUUCUUGUGCGAAUCAGUGAGACUGACAGCAUGGGCUUCGUACUCUCAGUGAAAUCACAGACCAAAGCAAAGCACUUCAAGAUCUACCAUACUAGUGGUCAGUUCUAUGUGGAUCCAUCUCCUCAAUUUGCCAGUGUAUUAGAGGUGGUUGAAUAUUAUCAAACUCACCCACUCUCCACUUCGGAUUUACUUAGGAAACCCUGCAUUCGGAAAAUGCCCCGGGUUCUUCCACCCCCCUCAGUCGAUGAAUGGGAGCUGCCUAAAGAACAAUUUACUCUUGAGAAGAUGCUCGGCGGUGGCCACUUUGCUGAUGUUUACAGCGGCAGGUGGAAAAAUCACACUAAAGUGGCCAUCAAAAUCCUCAAGAACAAUGGUGAGCUCACAGCUAGAGACUUUCAGUUGGAGGUGCAGAUCAUGAAGCAUUUCCGUCACAGGCACCUGAUUUCUCUCUUUGCCGUCUGCACUUCCUCUGCCCCAUUUUACAUAAUCACCGAACUAAUAGAGAAGGGAGACCUGCUUAAGUUCCUAAAAAAUCCAGAGGGUAGGGCACUGGAUAUGGAGUCUCUGAUCGACAUGGCAGCUCAAGUGGCAGAUGGAAUGGCAUAUUUAGAGGCACAUAACAGUAUUCACAGAGACCUUGCAGCAAGAAAUGUUCUAGUUGGAGAGGGAUAUGUCUGCAAAAUUGCUGAUUUUGGCCUAGCUCGAGACAUUAAGGAACCUGUUUAUAUAUCUGGUGACAAGAAAAUCCCAUAUAAAUGGACCGCGCCGGAGGCUAUCGGUCAUGGCCGUUACUCAGGCAAAUCUGAUGUCUGGUCAUUUGGGAUUCUCCUUUAUGAGAUUGUCACAUAUGGAGCUGUACCUUAUCCAGGUGUCCGUAAUUGUGAUGUGUAUGAUCUCGUCACACGAGACAACUACAGAAUGCCUUCGCCACCUCACUGUCCACAGGUCAUUUAUAACAUCAUGCGAUCUUGCUGGAAAGCAGAGCCAGAGGACCGUCCAACAUUUAAGAUUCUGAGGCAUGAACUAGAAAACUAUCAAGGCAACUGAGGGGACUUGCAAACAUCCUGUGGUCUUAAACUCUUAUAUAGCAAAACAAGACUGACCUUGAACAAUUCUUAAAGACAGAUGCAUCAUACAAUCAUCUUGGAUUAUUCCACCAUAUCAGUUUUCAGAUAAAGAGGAAGAUGCACGUAUAAAGCACUUUUUGUAGAUUUAUUUAUGUUUAGAGCAAUUAUUGACUGACUUUAAUGAGACUAUGCUAUUGUUUUUUUUUUUGUAAUAAACAUUGUUGUUCUCAGGUAAAGUGUACUGAUUGAAUGACCAAAAAAAAAAAGUUUAUAAAUCUGUAACUGACAGUG